UUCUGUAUUUCAGUGGUGUAGGUGAGAGGGUAUUUUGUGUGAAUGUAUGGGUGUUGGUGGCGCCGCAGUGCGCGGACUCGGACUGAAGCGUCAGUCGGUAUCAAGAGCUACUAAUAAAAGCACGCACCAAAAUCGAAGCUAACCGCGUUACUUAAAUUGAGUAAAAUAAAAACAUAUCACAACGUAGGGACUCAAAGGCAACGGUCACGGGACGAAACAUUGGUGCGUAGUGACCAGGAUUUUGUUAAAUCCACGAGAUUUUGGUAAAUCCUACGGUUUUUGGAAAAACCGCAAGUGUCGUGUUAGCGUGCGAUUGCUUUGCUAGUGUGUGUGCGCGAGUUUCUUGUGUCAACAUGUCCAAGCAGGAUAAAUUGCGCAGCAAGGAGCUUCGUCGGAAGCAGUACUUGGACUCCAUACAACGCGCGUGUGACUUUAUUAAAAGCUAUUCUGUAGAAUGUGAAAAUCAGGUUGCAACGCGUUUAGAUCGCCUCGAAAAGAUUUGGGAAUGUUUCGAGCGGGUGCAGGACGACAUAGACGAUAUGGACCUUUCUGAGGAAGAUUGCCUAACGAAUCAACGGAUCAGGGCGGAGACAGAGGAGUUGUAUCUUUAUGCCAAGGCAAAGCUACAAGAUAUGCUGCCUAAAGAGUCGAAACCUGUUGCCGCUAGCAUUCAAUCGUCUUCGUCGAGAGUGAAGCUGCCGAGAAUCACACUACCUGAAUUCAGCGGAAACUUCGAUGAGUGGCUUACGUUUCACGACACAUUUGUGUCACUAAUACAUUCAUCGAAAGAGAUGUCGCCGAUUGAAAAGUUUCACUAUCUUCGUGCGUCGCUAAAGGGAGAAGCAGCGAAUCUCAUCCAAGCAAUUACGGUGACGAAUGCAAACUAUGAAUUUGCUUGGCAAACGAUCUUAAAGCGUUACUCUAACAAAAUAAUACUGCGUAAAAAGCAUAUACGAGCACUCAUAUCGCUUCCAAAGAUGAAGGACACCGGAGCAGUACCACUUAACCGUUUAAUUGACGAUUUUCGACGGCAUGUGCAAAUACUGCAGCAGUUGGAGCAACCGGUCGAAUCGUUCAGCUCAAUUCUCAUUGAGUUGAUGGCGGAUAAGCUGGACGAAGAAUCUCUGCGUGUGUGGGAAGAAUCCCAAGCCGAUAAUGAUCCGUCAUUUACUGAAAUGAUGGAGUUUUUGGGGAAACGUGUGCGUGUGUUAGAAACGUUGGCGAUCGAAAAAGUGUGUGAAAGAAGCAAGAAGCAAGCGAAAACAAAAGUAGUGGUAAACGCGGCCACUACAAACACGAAAAUCGUGCCAGUGUGCGUUAUGUGCAAGAGGAAAGGACACGGCAUAGCGUCAUGCAGUGUAUUCAGGAAUAUCAACGUACACGAUCGGUUAAAAGUGAUCAGUGAGGAAAAGCUUUGCAGAAAUUGCUUGAGCAGUGGACAUUUGGCUCAUAAGUGCUCCUCCAAAUACAAUUGUCAGCAGUGUUCUCAGCGCCACCAUACCUUACUUCAUGUGAAUAGUGAAAACAACGAUGUAUUAGUUGCAGAAGCAACCACCUCUACCAUGGCGUUGGCAUCGUCGAAGAAAUCAAUGCAUGCGUUACUCUCUACAGUGGUAUUAGUGGUCGUUGAUGUGUAUGGAAAGGAGCAUUUAGCACGAGCAUUGCUCGACACCGGCUCGCAACCGAACGCGAUCACUGAGCAUCUUUGUCAGAUGCUACAACUACCACGACGGCAUGCAAGUAUUUCGAUCAAUGGAGUGAACAGCACUACUACUAGUGUGAAACAUGCUGUAACCACGGAAGUUCGAUCUCGGGUUUACAACUACAGCCAAACCAUGGACUUUCUUGUGUUGAAGAAAGUGACGGAGAAUAUCCCCAGCGCGUCGUUCUCCACCUCUGCUGUAGGUGUUCCAUCGGGUUAUGUUUUGGCUGAUCCAGAUUUCGGAACAGCACGUCGCGUGGAUAUGAUCAUAGGUGCAGCAUAUUUUUACAAACUAUUGCGUGGUGGACAAGUGCAUUUGCGUGGGCAGGCGAAUUUACUGGUUGAUACGGUAUUUGGCUGGAUUGUAACUGGAGAAGCGCCGGCCUUUCCUGAAUCACGAGUGGAAAAGGCGUUUAGUUUCCACAUAAUGGAGUCAACAGACAAGGUUCAGGAGCAACUUGAGCUGUUCUGGAAGGUUGAGGAGCUUGCUGUAUCGAACUUGUCUCCUAACGAGCAACAGUGCGAGCAAUACUUCAAGGAAACGACAAGCAGAGACUCUACCGGAAGAUACAUCGUUCGAAUGCCGAAACACCACGAUUUUGCUCAAAUGCUUGGUGAUUCAAAGGCUGCAGCGCAGAAACGUUUCCGGUUACUGGAAACGAGAUUGUCUAAGGACGCAUAUCUGAAGCAGCAGUAUGACGACUUCAUGAGAGAGUACGUGUUGUUGGGUCAUAUGUUUCCAGUGCAUAUAGAACCUGACUGUUUAUCAGCAGCGCAUUACCUUCCGCAUCAUCCCGUCGUCAAGGAAGCUAGCACAACAACCAAAGUGCGUGUGGUGUUCGACGGAUCGGCGAAGACGACUACAGGCAAUUCUUUGAACGACGUGUUGCUUGUUGGACCAGUUGUGCAGGAUGAACUGUUGACCCUCGUAGUGCGGUUUCGCAAGUAUGAGGUUGCUUUAAUUGCUGACAUCGAGAAGAUGUAUCGCCAAGUGAGUAUGCAUCCUGAAGAUAGACGUUUGCAGUGUAUUUUUUGGCGAUUUAAGGAUACAGAACCAAUACAAACUUUCGAACUGGCUACCGUGACCUACGGACUAGCUCCGUCUUCCUUCCUUGCAACGCGGACACUUCUUCAACUAGCUGAGGAUGAAGGAGCUCCAUUUCCAUUGGCAUCUGAAGCUGUGAAGAAGAACCUUUACGUAGAUGACCUGAUCUCUGGCGCAGAAAACAUCGAGCAAGCUGUACAACUGCGAGAAGAGCUGACCUGUCUGAUGGAGAAGGGUGGUUUUCGUUUUCGGAAGUGGUGUUCGAACAAGAUAGGUGUGCUUGAUGGUUUGUCUCCUGAUUUGCUCGGUAUGAAAUCUUCGCACGAAUUCUAUGCUGGUGAAAGCGUCAAAACACUUGGCAUAUCUUGGGAACCGCCGAGUGAUACAUUCAGAUUCACAAUAUCGUUUUCUGUUAGCCGACCUUACACGAAGCGUUCCGUUCUUUCUUCCAUCGCUCAGCUGUACGAUCCGCUUGGAUUGAUAUCCCCCGUCAUUGUACAAGCGAAAAUCCUGUUGCAGGAACUUUGGGCUCAUAAUCUUAGUUGGGAUGAGGAAUUGCCGCGGCAUUUAAACAGCAAGUGGGAAGGGUUUUGUGAAGGCCUGCCCUACCUAACUCAUCUUCGAAUCCCUAGAUUUGCGUUGACGCCCAACCAUUGCUACAUAGAGCUGCAUUGUUUCGCUGAUGCCUCGGAAGCGGCAUAUGGUGCAUGUGCCUAUAUGAGAUCUCAAAGCAAAGAUGGCACCACCCAGAUAACGUUGCUAGCGUCUAAAUCUCGAGUAGCUCCGCUUAAGCCCCUUACCAUCCCUAGGUUGGAGCUCUGCGCAGCCUUACUAGCUGCAAGAUUGCAGAAAAAACUAUUUGAGGCCCUGGACAUGCCAAUAAACGAAACCCAUAUGUGGUCUGAUUCCACCAUUACACUGCAAUGGCUAGCUUCUCCACCGCGAACUUGGAAAACGUUCAUCGCGAAUAGAGUAGGAGAAAUUCAAGCAGCUUCCAAAUGUUGUAUUUGGCAUCAUGUACCUGGGACAGACAACCCCGCUGAUAUGCUAUCCAGGGGCGUGUCUGCGGAGACACUCCUGAAGAGUAAGAUGUGGCAACAAGGACCAGACUGGUUGAUGUGUGAUAAGUCGUGCUGGCCCAUACCAUCGAAUAGUCCUCAGAACUUCACCGAUGAUGAGAUGGAAAGAAAAGGUGACCUUAUACUUGCUGCUCAAGCUGUCGAGCCCAAUCCUUUGUUCCAGCGGUAUUCUAAGUUUCGAACGCUUGUGAAUGUAGCAGCGUAUUGCCUCCGAUUUGGCUAUAACACACGUAAUAAAAACCAGCGUAAGACCGCUUGUCUAUCAGUGAGUGAACUACAAAAUGCAAAGAAGAUGCUGGCGAAGUUGAUGCAGCGAGAGGCAUUUCCAAGCGAACUGAAGCAACUCACAAGAGAGAAGAGGCUUUCUGGUGCAUCUCCCCUCAGACUUCUCCAUCCGUUCGUCGAUACUGAAGGCAUCAUACGAGUUGGCGGCAGACUUCAACAUACAGAUUUACCGUUCUACAAGAAGCAUCAAAUUGUUAUGCCUGGAUUUCAUCCUUUUAGCAAAUUGUUGUUAAGGCACUUACAUGAAAGGAUGAUGCAUAGCGGUAUUACUGCAACAUUAUCUGCAGCGCGUGAGGAAUUUUGGCCAUUGAAUGGAAGAAGAGCAGUUCGAUCCGUCAUCCGAGAAUGUUUUCGUUGCCGUCGUGCUACACCAAUUCCAAUGCAACAGCCGAUGGGUCAGCUGCCUCUUCCUAGGGUGACAGCAAACGAGGCGUUUGCAUGUACUGGUAUCGAUUACUGUGGACCGAUUUCGCUUAAACCUGUACAUCGAAAAGCUGCGGCUCAAAAGGCAUACUUGUGCAUUUUUGUCUGCAUGAGCACUAAAGCAGUGCAUUUGGAAGUCGUGAGCGAUUUGAGCACGUCGGGGUUCUUAAAGGCUUUAGACCGUUUCAUCUUUCGACGAAAUAAGCCACAGCACAUCUAUUCGGAUAAUGGCACAAAUUUCAUCGGCGCAAAGAAUGCUCUUCACCAGCUGUAUCAAAUGUUUCAUGACGACGCUCAAAACAGACAUAUUUGCAGUAAUCUCGCAGAGGAGGGAAUAGUGUGGCAUCUUAUUCCACCUCGGGCACCAAACUUCGGCGGGCUUUGGGAAGCCGCCGUAAAAGUGGCUAAAAAACUUCUGAUCAGACAGCUGGGAUCAUCACUGCUUUCAUACGAAGAUCUAGCAACGAUUCUGGUCAAAAUUGAGGGAUGUAUGAACUCUCGCCCUCUUACACCUCUCUCAAACGACCCGAAUGACCUUGAAGCCUUAACUCCGAACCAUUUCCUCAUUAAAGGAAUGCUACGUCCACCCCCUGAAUCUGACGUUCGAGACUUGCCAACUAAUCGUCUUGACCAGUUCCAAAGGCUUCAACAGCAUACACAGCAAUUUUGGCGACGCUGGUGUUCCGAGUACCUUCAUGAAUUGAACCAACAACAUCGGCGAAAUCCUGCAGAAUGUCAGGUAUCGAUCGGAGACAUCGUAAUCAUGAAGGACGAACAACUACCUCCUGCUCGUUGGCCGCUUGCUCGCAUCGUGGAGACACACUCUGGGCAAGAUGGGAUUGUACGAGUGGUCACUAUCAAAACGGCAUCUGGUGUAGUUAAAAGACCAAUUUCCAAGAUUUGUUUGCUGGAGUGUGCAGAUGUUGAAAACUAAGUUGUUCAAGGGGGCCGGUAUGUUUGUUUCUGUAUUUCAGUGGUGUAGGUGAGAGGGUAUUUUGUGUGAAUGUAUGGGUGUUGGUGGCGCCGCAGUGCGCGGACUCGGACUGAAGCGUCAGUCGGUAUCAAGAGCUACUAAUAAAAGCACGCACCAAAAUCGAA